CAGGGUUUGAGUUAUUAUCCACUUUACACUCCUAAAUAGACUCAAGGCAUUGCAUUAUACAAACGAUUAGACCUAGGUACAAAGAUGUAAUAUUACCAAACUAUAUACUACUAUGAAUAUAUUAAUUAUAUAUGAGUCUAUAUAUUCCCCAAUAAAUUUCAGUGUUCUUUCUCUACUUGAGUUUGGUUCUAACACCCAAUGAGUUUUAGAAUUCGAUUCUUAAAGUUAAUGCAAUGCAUUGCUAAUCUCUGGGAAACAUUACUAGUAGAUAAGUGAUACUAAACAUGGAAAUAAUCAAGAGGCACACAUGAACUCUUCUUUCUUCUUUAACUUUAUUCUUCUCACUUCUUUCUUCUUACUCCACUUUACUCUUCUUUCUCAGACGCUUCAACUCAAAAAGAGAAACCAGCAUAGUUGUAAUCUUGAGGAUCAGCUAUUUUUCUGAAGGAUAUUUGGCCUAAUUUCGAAACUCAAGGUACUUAGGAAACGCUGUAGAAGAUGGCUAUUGUGUCGUUGCGCGAUGUGGCCAUGGUGAUGGUGACAGUGCAGGUGUUUGCACGAGGGUAUCCGGAAACAGAUUUGGUUGUGAGGCUUCCUGGUCAACCAAAGGUUGUAUUCAGACAGUACGCAGGGUAUGUUGAUCUCGACUUGAAUGCUGGCCGUAGCCUUUUCUACUACUUCGUGGAAGCUGAAAAACACCCUGACACAAAACCGUUAACCUUGUGGCUCAAUGGAGGUCCAGGUUGUUCUUCUGUUGGUGGAGGAGCUUUCACUGAGCUAGGUCCAUUUUACCCCACAGGAUAUGGGCGUGGUCUUCGCAUUAACUCCAUGUCGUGGAACAAAGCCUCAAACCUGCUAUUUGUGGACUCACCGGCUGGAGUUGGUUGGUCUUACUCCAACCGAAGCUCUGAUUACAACGCUGGGGACAAGUCUGCGGCCAGCGAUAUGCUCGUGUUCUUGUUGAGAUGGUUCGAUAAGUUCCCGGAGUUGAAGUCUCACGAUCUCUUUCUCACUGGCGAAAGCUAUGCAGGACAUUACAUACCUCAACUGGCUGAUGCGAUUCUCAGCUAUAACUCACGCUCAAGUGGGUUCAAAUUCAACAUCAAAGGCAUUGCAAUAGGGAAUCCACUUCUGAAGCUUGACAGGGACAUUCCAGCUGUAUACGAGUUCUUCUGGUCGCAUGGCAUGAUCUCUGAGGUAGUGGGACGUACAAUCAAGAUUCAAUGUGACUUCUCACAUUACACAUAUGCAUACCCCCAUAACGUAAGUGAUGCCUGCAACGAUGCUAUCCGUGAAGCCGGAGACAUCACCACUGAGUAUGUCAAUACCUUUGAUGUUCUCCCUGACCUAUGCUACCCAUCUAUUGCCCUGCAAGAGCUAAGGCUUAAACAAAUGGCUACUAAGAUGAGCAUGGGAGUGGAUGUGUGUAUGAACUACGAAAGACAGUUCUACCUAAAUAUCCCAGAGGUACAGAUGGCUCUUCACGCAAACCGCACAAACCUGCCUUAUUCAUGGUCUUUGUGCAGCAACCUGUUAAACUACUCUGCCAUCGAUGUAAACACCAACAUGCUUCCGACUCUGAAGAGAAUUAUACAGAACAAAAUUCCUGUUAGGAUCUUCAGUGGAGAUCAAGAUUCUGUAGUUCCAUUUCUGGGAACACGAACUAUCGUAGGAGAACUCGCCAACGAUCUCAAUUUCAAGACGACAGUUCCAUAUGGAGUGUGGUUCCACAAAAGACAGGUUGGAGGCUGGGCCAUCGAGUAUGGAAACCUACUAACUUUUGCAACAGUGAGAGGAGCGGCUCAUGCGGUGGCGUACACGCAGCCCUCACGAGCUCUGCAUCUAUUCAGCACCUUUCUUCGUGGGCAGAGAUUGCCCAACAAGACAGAUAUUGCUAUGCAUGACUGAAAGAGAAGGAAUCUCAUUAUUAGAGUACAUAUCCUUGGGAACAUAUAAGGGAUUGUGUUGAGACAUAUUUUCAUAUGAUUACUAGUAACAAAACCCGUCUGGUUUAAUGAUGUAAACGACACAUAAUCUCCACUCACAAUCGUUGACAAAAAACAAAAGGUACCUACUGUCUUAAUAUCCUUUCCGAGUUUGGCCUACUUCUAUCAUCACCAAACCAAAAUCCUUGUCCUAGCCACCAACCUGAACAACAUACGUCUUCCAUCUAAACUUAUGGACCAUAGGUGCAAUGUAGCAUCUUGAACCUUUGGGAGAUUAGUAUUUGCAGCUUAGAUCCCAGACUAUCACACUAACCUCUUCGAAUGCUAGGAGUCCCAAAAGCAUUUGGCAUUACGAUGACAACUAACACCUGAAUGAUGGCAGAAAAUUUCAAUUUCUCAUUAUAGGUUCUCAUUAAAAGAAAUGUAAUUUAGUCAUUUCGUACAUGAAAAGACAAUAAGAGGUAGUAUUUUUUUAAAAGGUAUUAGAAAAAAGUAUUUUUGCAAAUG